ACUAGGAAUAAUUUAAAAAGGGUCACAAAUCGUAUUGCGCUAAAACAGAGCCCAAUGAGACGAAUUUACGACGUUCCGCCUUACGACUGUUUUCAUGGUUGCCUAGCAGCAGCAGCAGAACAAGGGGAACAAGAUGGCUAGGCUGUUUUAUCAAUAAGUUCAGCACUGUGUACAAAAGCAGAAAGAUGCCUGCAGCCGCAGACUGGAAGCUGCUCAUGGGGGUAGACCCAGAAGAUCUGGGAGAAGAUGAUGAGAAAAUCUGUGAUUUGAUUUUGCUGGUCAGACCACGGGACCUGAAAGCAGACGAUUCAGAGAAAAUGAUUCAGCUCUUUAGAAUCUCACAAACACUACUGAGGAUGAAACUGGAUGAAAUUAAAUGUGCCUAUGAGGUUGUAGACAGCGCAGGUGUGGAGCAAGCAAGAAUUGAAAAUGAGCUGAAAGCCAAAGUGCUAAAGCUGGAAGAUGAGCUAGAGAUGGCCCAGCGUGUGAUGGGAGGGGGAGACACACGUUUCCUCCGGGAUGAGAUUCACCAACUGGAGAGUCACCUGGAGCGCAAAGAGAGAGAGGUGACCCAGCUGGAGAAGGAAAUGGGCAAGGAGAGGAAAGCCAAUGAGGAGCUGGCUCUCCGUGCUGAAGAGGCAGAAGAAAAGAACAGGAAGCUAAAAAGAGAGAUAAAGCAGCUUGCAAAGAAGAACGAACAGCUGCAACAGGAUGUGGAGUUCUACAGAAAGGAAGUAGAGCAGAGAGAGCCUCUUCAGACCAAAGAGGAGGGCAAUGAGAUUCAGAGGAGACUCACCAAAGAAAAAAAACAUCUACAACAGCACAUAGAACAUUCCCAGCAUGCCGAGGACAUGGCUGCCAACCUGAAGAGCGAGAAUGAGCACCUGCAGAAGAAUCUGGAGGAGUCUGUGAAGGAGAUGGAGAACAUGACAGAUGAAUACAAUAAGAUGAAGAUCGCAGUCCAGCAGACAGAUGCCAUCAUGGAUCAGCUGAGAAAAGAACGAGAUCAUGCCAAGCUUCAGGUCAGAGAGCUAAAUGAACAAAUCCAGGCUCGAGUUGAAGAAGAUGACCCGGUGAUGGCUGCUGUUAAUGCCAAAGUGGAGGAGUGGAAGAGUGUUUUAUCAGGGAAAGAUAUGGAAAUUUUGGAAUAUCAGCAGAUGAUCAGAGACUUGAGAGAGAAACUUCGAGCUGCUCAGAUGGACUCUGACAAAAGCAACAUUAUCGCACUGCAGCAGGCCGUGCAAGAGAGGGACAACCAGAUCAAGAUGCUGUCAGAGCAAGUCGAGCAGUACACAACAGAAAUGGAAAGGAAUGCUGUGCUCAUCGAGGAGCUGAAGAAACCGUUAAAGAAAGAUAAAGGUCACGUCAGCGUGCAGCAGCGUAGGUUGGAAGACUUGAGCACUAAGCUGCAGGCGGCUGAGAGGAGAGCUCUGGAGGCUGAGCGUGCCGCCCAACUGGCUGAACAUGAUGCCAGGGACAAAGACAUAGAACUCAAUGACACACUCAGUCGAAUCCGUCUCUAUGAGUCUGGGACGGAAGGUUUGGAAGCUGCCAUCACUGAGAUCAAAGAAUGUAAAAAUCAAAUCCGAGUGAGAGACCGGGAAAUAGAAUCCAUGAUAAAAGAGAUAAACCAACUGGAGAUCAAAAUCAACAGCCUGCUAGAUGAGAAUGAAGACCUACGAGAACGCCUUGGAUUAAAUCCAAAGGAAGAACUGGAUUUGAGUGAAUUCCGCAGAUCAAAGGUUUUGAAGCAGAGACAGUACAAAGCAGAGAACCAGGUCCUGCUGAAAGAGAUUGAGCGUCUGGAGGAGGAAAGGCUCGAGAUGAAACAACGCAUCCGUGCACUGGUGAAGGACAAAGGCAUAUCAGUAGUUAGUAGUUCACUGCUUGAUGACAGUCUUGAAGAAAAGCCCAGCAGAUCUUUUAGAGAGAGGCCUGUCUCUGGAUUCACCGAUGAAGAGAUGAAACACAAAAAUGAGCGUCUGAAGAAAGAGCUGAGCAACAAAGAGAAAGAACUUGAGCUCAAGAGAACAGAAUCCGCCCAGUUCAAAGCCAGAUUGAAUGAAAUGCUGAAUGAGAAUAAACAGCUGGAGCAGGGCAUGAAGGAGAUCCUGCAGGCCAUCCAGGACACUCAGAAGAAAACACCCACCUCCACAGGAAAAAUUACAAUAAUAAUAAAAAAUAUUCUUAAGGCUCUGGAGAUGAAGUACUCAGAGGGAAAGUUUGAUGCAAGCCUCCACCUCAGAACGCAGGUAGAUCAGCUGACCGGCCGCAACGAAGAGCUACGGCAAGAGAUGAAGGCAGCUAGAGAGGAGGCAGCAAGCACUCUCAAUCAGUUAACAAAAGCUAAUGAGAAGAUUGCUCGCCUGGAAAGUGAGGUUGAAUCAGUGAGCAAAUCAACUGGCACUUCCAUCCCUUACAAGUCAUUAGCUCUGCCUGAAGAGAUGACGCCAACUAGUGCUGAGGUCAUCAGCACUCUCAACGAGUACAUGGUACAACUCCUACAGGAGAUCAAAAACAAAGAAGAUUCAAUUGAGCAGCUCAGUUCGGCUCUGGAAGAAUAUAAAAGGAAAUUUGCAGUGAUCCGCCAUCAACAAGGACUACUAUACAAGGAGUAUCAAAGUGAGAGGGAGUCUUGGCAGAAAGAGAGAGACUCUUUUGCCGAACUGAAAUCCAAACUCGAGGAACAAAGGGAGGUGGACACAGUAAAAAUCAAAGAGUUCAAUCACUGGCUUGAGGCUCUUGAAAAGGGCCCGAAUGAGAUCAGACGGGAGCUGGCCGAGACGGCCCGAAAAAUGACGGUUCUCAGGGUGAAUGAGAAAUGUCUGACACGACGUUAUACGACUCUGCUUGAGCUCGAGCAACACUUGAGGAAGGAGAAUGGCAAACUGAAGGAUGAUUUCACUCAAAUGGAGGCCGCUGUAACUGAAAGAAUCGGCUACCUGCAGAGGUUCAAGGAAAUGGCAGCGUUUAAAAUGGCCACAUUGCAGAAAUCCCUUGACAGUAGCGUUCCUGCAUCAGAGCUGGAGAGAGCCAACAAACAAUACACUGAGCUCACCAUCAAGUACAGAAACCUCCUUCAGAAAGACAAUCACCUUGUUCAGAAGACAACCACACUAGAGCACUUGGAGAAGGAGAAUGUGUCUUUACUUGAGCGCAUUAACUCCAUCAUUAAAGAGCUUGAGAUCAGCAAGGAGAAGCUUCACACUUUGGAGCAGGCUUGGGAAAACAUCAGCACGACUGGUGGGGAGAACAGCAUGGAGAAGGCAGCCAAAGCCCUGGCCAACAGCGAGAUUGUGUCUGUGUCCAGACGCAUCACAACGCUUGAGAUGAAGGAGUUAAAUGAAAGGCAAAGGGCCGAGCAUGCUCAGAAGAUGUAUGAGCACCUGAGGAACUCCCUCAAACAGGUGGAAGAGCGCAACUUUGAGCUAGAGACCAAGUUUGCUGAGCUCACAAAAUUAAACCUGGAGGCUCAGCGGGUAGAGCGGGAGCUCAGGGAUGAGCUGGCGGACAGUGUGAGCAAAGACAUCAGUGAUGCUGAUCGCAAGCGAAUCACCGAACUUGAGAAAGCAGAUGCAGACCUGCGGACUGAAGUGUCCAAAUUGCGGGAAGUGUCGGAUGUCGCUAAAAUGCAAGUGUCUGCUCUGGAGGCCAGACAGCAGUCAAGAGAGAAGGAGGUGGAAAGCCUGAGGAGACAGGUGUUGGACUACCAGGCUCAGUCCGAUGAAAAGGCCCUUAUCGCCAAACUCCACCAGCACAUUGUGGCUCUCCAGUUGAGCGAGACCACAGCCAUCAGCCAACUGGAAGCCACCAACACACGCCUGCAGAAACUUGAAGCGCAGAAGCUCAGAGUCGAACAGCAGAUGGAUGCUCAGCAGCAGGCGCUGUGGCAUGCGAGGCAGGAGGGUCACCAGCGGGCCAGACAUCUCCGCCACACCAUCCAGGCUCUCCGCAGACAGUUCUCAGGAGCCCUGCCGCUGGCCCAACAGGAGAAGUUUUCCAACACCAUGUUCCAACUGCAGGAGGACAAGGCACGGGCCAGAGAGGAAGCACAUAAGGCUGAGGAGGAGAGGAGGAAAGCAGAAGGAAAAGCACAAGAACUGGAGCUAAAGCUGAAGGGGUUGGAAGUGCUCAUAGCAACACUGAAAGAUGCCAAAGGAGCUCAGAAAGUGAGUGAGUGGCAUAAGAAACUAGAGGAAGUUCGUCUGUUGGAAAUGAGGCAGAGCAGAGAGCUUGGUGCCCAGCGGGAAAAGAUCAAAUACCUUAGGAACAUUGUGGCUGAGCAGGAACGCACUAUCAGUGCCCUUGAAGAGGAGCUGGUGCAGCAGAAUAACCUUCUCGAGGAGCGCCAACUGAUCUGGGAUCAGAGAGAGGUGCAAUUGGAGCGCCAACUCGACACCUAUGAGAAACAGCAGAAUGAAGUCCUAAGCACAGCUCAGAAGUUUGAGGAUGCCACAGGCUCUCUACCGGAUCCAAAUCAGCCUUUAGCGCACCAGUUAGACUAUGCUCUUGGAAAAAUCAAAGAGCAUGUUCGUACCAUCCUUGAGACAAAAGCCACCUGCAAAAUUCUGGAAGAGAAGCUGAAGGAAAAAGAAGCUGCUUUGUGGACAUCGGAACAAAACGUCUUAUCCAGAGACAAAGUGAUCAAUGAACUGAGGCUUCGCCUACCAGCCGCUGCUGAGAGAGAGAAACUCCUAGCUGACCUGAGCAAACAAGAGGACUCUGAUAGCCAGCCCACCCUGAAGGUCGCCCACCAGACCAUUAAUAACCUACAGGGGCGUCUGGAUCAGAAAGAAGAGGUUCUCAAGAAGUACCAGAACCUGUUAGCAAAGGCUCGUCAGGAGCAGGAAGAGAUUGCCAAAAGGCAUGAGGAAGAGGUCAGGGCCCUGCAUCAGAAACUGGAUGUCUACAUGGACACAUCACUGGACCGUUUCAAACAGACCGCUCUGGAGCUAAUGAAGAAACCAAACAUCACUGUACCGACCAAUAAGCACUUGGUACGGUUGGCAGAAAUGGAGCAGACGGUGGCCGAGCAGGACAAUUCGCUCUCCUCACUGACACACAAGCUAAAGGUCGUCACUGCAGAGCUCGACCAACAGAAACAGGUGACUGCAGCACAAGCCAUGGAGCAUGCUGCAGAAAUAGCCAGACUUGAAGAGAGACAUGUUGCCCAAACGAAGGGUCUGUCCCAGGAAGCAGAAGACCUGAGAGCUCAGCUCAUUCAGAUGGAGAAAGAGCUGCAUUACCUCCGAACGGAGCUAGAGGCCCAGAAAGAGGCUAAUGUCAGGUCCCCAUCCAACACCAUGAAGAACCUCAUGGAGCGGUUGAAGGCUCAGUUGGCCCUCAAGGAGAAACAGCUGAAGGCUCUCAGUAAGGCUCUCUUGGAGCUUCGUGCACAGUUGACAUCUCAAGCAGAACAGCAGAUCAUCGCCAACGCUGCUCAGAAGGAAGAGGCCCUCAAUGUUCAACAGAUUGUCGACAAGCAGACCAAGGAGCUCAGGGCGUGUGUAAAGGACCUUAAUGAGGAGCUCCAGCUGGCUAAAGAUGGCGUACGAGCAGCAAAAGCUAGAGAAAACUCGCUGAGAGAGGAGCUGGAGAACUUAAACAAGGAUCUGCAGAGGAGCCAGAAAUCACAUAACAAGCUGCAGAGUGAAAAAGAGACUCUGGAGGAUCAGCUGAGUGAGCUGAAGAAGAAGGUCCAGAGACUCAGCAGCGGCCUACAGUCUCAGGUUGAGAGUGAUGGACCCACAGUUGAAGCUCUUCAGAAGAAGAUCCGUAAGUUGGAGCAAGAGCUGGACAGGAAUAGCAUCUCAGAGCCUGCAGACAAGAGGAGCGUCCCGAAGGAGGACAAGUCCUUCAAAGAAGAAAUCUUGAGAUGGGAGGAAGGUAAAAAGUGGCAGGCCAGGGUGGAGAAAGUGCGGAGCGUUCUCAAAGAGAAGGAGAAAGAAGUGGAAUCUCUGUCUAAACAAUUAACAACGAUCAAAGAACUUUACAGCAGGUUGGAGCAGGAGAAGGUGGGUCUCCAGAAGAAACUAAAGGGCAGAGGAGUGUCUGCAGAUCAGGUCGUUGGUGUACGGACCCUCGAGGCUGACAGAGAGAUUGAGGAGCUACAAAAAAGGAAUGCUGAAUUGGAGCAGCAAAUCAAAGUGAUAAAGCAGCAGCAGGCUUUACCCCGUGAUGCCGCAAUAGAGGAUAUCACCAUCAGGAACCGUUAUCUUGAGGAGAGGCUUCACUCCCUGGAGGGUCAACUGUCCAAAGAGUCUCCAUCCAGACCAUCUACGUCUGGCCGUGGUUCUGGUACACCGUCUCAAAGAGAACAUGAGCUCCAAAAAGAAAACCUCAAGUUGUCCACGGACAACCUGGAGCUUCGUUUCCAACUGGAGCAAGCAAACAAGGACCUACCUCGAUUAAAAGAUCAGGUGUCUGAUCUCAAAGAGAUGUGCAGUGUUUUGAAGAAGGAGAAAGCUGAAGUGGAGAAGAGGCUCAGCUAUGUUCGUGGGUCUGGGCGCAGCGGGAAAACCGUACCUGAACUGGAGAAGACCAUCGCACUGAUGAAGAAGGUAGUGGAGAAAGUACAGAAAGAGAAUGAGAGCUUAAAGAAGACAUCAGAGGCCAAUGUGCAGGAGCAGCUUGCUACACUGGAACGAGACCAUGAGAAACUUAAGUCAGAAAAUGAAAAGCUGAAACAAAAACAAGAGGAACAGUUAAAAGCAAGACUCGAGUCAAAAACCAAAGGCAUUGAGAAAAUCAUGAUGGAAAAUGAACGCUUACGUAAAGAUAUUAAAAAGGAAGCAGAAGCUGCGGAAAAGCUGAGAGUUGCAAAAGCCAGCCUUGAAGUAGCCAAUGAGAAACUAAAGGCAGAGCUUGAGGAGACCAAUCAGAGGCUCUUAUUAGCACAGUCGAAGGGGCUGUCUCUAGAGGCGGCAGACAGCAAGACCUGGAAAUCUUCAGUUGUGUCCAGGUUAUUUGAAAACAAGAUGAAAGGUCUUGAGAGUGAAAUCGCUAAGAAAAACUCCAGCAUUUCAGAGCUGAAGGUGCAGCUGAAAGAGGCGAAUGAGAAACAGCAGGCCAGACAACACGCUGUCAGCCAGCUGAAGGAACAAGUGGAACUGCUUAAAAAUAUCCCUGUGGAAGCGACCACAGAUGAAGGCCUUGCCCGAGAGUAUCAGUCCCUGAGACUGGCCAAUAAACAACUUGAGAGGGAAAAAGCUCAACUUCUUCGCCAGAUUCAAUGGUACGAUGAGCAGUUUGGAACCAGCAAAGCAGGACCAGGAUACAGGGAGAUCCAGGAACAAAUUAAGGCAGCAAAUACUGAAAAGAAGAAAUUACAGGAUGAAGUGAAAAGGCUGACCAGAGAGCUGGAAAACUUUGACCCGACAUUUUUCGAGGAACUUGAGGAUCUUAAGUACAAUUACAAUCUGGAGGUGAAGAAAAACAUCAUCCUGGAGGAGCAGCUGAAGAAGCUGUCGGAUCAGUUUGGAGUGGCGGUUCCCAUAGACGUGUCUGUCAGCUAACACACAUCAG